AUGGCGGGAAAGGAAAAUCUUGAUUCUCUCCCCACCCCCUACGCGCGGGUUUCCCUCCUUCCCAGCGGGUUCCUUUCGCUUCCCGAACACUUCUUCUGCGCCGACCAACACGACGUCACCGUCAAGAAUCUCGUCCCGAUUGUAUUCGACCUUGGCAUCCGGCGAAACCUUGAUGAGUACCCAGCAGAUAUCCAGCCCCAUCUACAAACACGUCAGCCUAUCCAUACCGUGCCGGACGCGAGCGAGUCUCUCCGAAACGGAGGACUCGAGCCUUCUGACGUAGACAUCGUUGUUCUAAGCCACGUGCACUACGACCACGUUGGCGACCCUAGGGAAUUCACUUCGGCGCAGUUCAUGGUCGGGUACGGCACGCGGCACCUGCUUCAACAUGGCAUGAAGUACCACUCGGCGGCCAAGUUUGAGAAGGACCUGCUACCACCAGAUCGAACUAUUGAGCUCCCCGAGCCCGAACAAAAGCGCAGUCACGCAAAACCUAUAGAGAACUCUUGCCUGCCUACGCAUGGUCUGGACACUCUGAUCCGUGGCAUACAACAUAGGUGGAAGGCAUUUGGGCCAUUUCCCAAUGCUAUGGACUUAUUCGGCGACGGAUCUAUAUACAUUGUAGACAGCCCUGGCCAUCUCCCAGGCCAUCUUAAUCUGCUGGCACGCAUUGGGGACGCCUCAUGGGUUUACCUCGCUGGUGAUGCCUGCCACCAUCCCCGCAUCCUCCAUGGCGAGACGGGGAUGGCAACAUGGAUGGAAAACGAUAUGCAUGUCUGCAUCCACUCGGACAAGAGCUUGGCGGAAGACACGGUCCAGAGAAUUGCCAAACUUAUGAGGGAGGGCAUCCGAGGCGGGGAUCAAGUCAGGGUAGCGCUUGCGCAUGAUGGAGACUUUUUAGGCGUAACCAGGAGGCAAUAUGGCCGGGAGAAUUCAAAUCUACAAAGGCUGGAGAUAACGUGGUCGGCGGAGAAGAAACGUCGAUAUGGGCGGGCUCCAGACUCCAAUAUUGUCGGGGGCUCCAAUACCCCAGCCCACGUUUACCCCAAAACCCUCGCCAACGACACCGUGUCGGGGCUGGAUCGGAGUGACACCUCUCGGCCAGCCUUCGCACAACCCUCGGGAUUCCACACGAUCCUCGCCGCCAUAAAUAAACCAUAA